CACUGUCAGUUAGACAUCAGCUUGAGAGAGUUUCAAAGUGUUGAACUGCAAUCGCCAAGACCAAGGGUUUGUAAUCCCACCCUGGAGCAAGAAAACAAACAAGAAAAAUGUCCGCUUAGAUUCCUACUUUUUUGAGGGAUGCACUAGAAAGUGUAGGAGGAAUAAGUCACCUUUUUACAAGGAAAUGGCUGUUCAGGCUGCGAUCAUGACCCCCCACUUUAUGCAUUUUUGUUUUCCUGGGUCUGUCAUGGAAUACGAAAUGGACAAAAGCUUUGACGGGGGCGUCCUGGGUGAGAUGGAUUGUGAAGGAGACUUCAAGGAGACCACCAGGGACCUUCUGAGCUUUAUUGACUCAGCUUCCAGCAACAUCAAGUUGGCACUGGACAAGCCGGUGAAGUCCAGGAGGAAAGUGAACCACCGAAAGUACCUGCAGAAGCAGAUCAAGAGGUGCACAGGCAUGAUCACACCUGGGAGUGGAGGGCAGGAGGCUGUUAAGAGACAAGGUUCACCCCAGUCCAACCCCGGCACCAGCUUCCAGUGCAAACCUCCACCGAAGAGGGAGGGGAUCCAGUCCAAUUUGCAAAGCAAGAGCCUGGCUGCCCUUUUUGACUCGGUAAAGGACAUCAGAGCGGAGAAAGGGAAGAAACUGCCCCUGCGACACCGCAACCUCCCCCGUUCCUUCUUCACAGAGCCUGCCAACAGCUCCAAAGUCACGUCCACUUCCGGCAUGACCCUUAAGGACCUGGAACGAGGCAAUCCCGAAGCAGCAGAAUUUUUCGAACUCCUUGGUCCAGAUUACAGCAACAUGAUCGCCGAUCACGAUGCCUUCCAAGGUGUGCCGGUGAGAAUCCAGCAAGAGGCGGCUUUGGAACCUGGAUCUUAUGAUCCUCAGCAUUUGGUUGGGGGAUUCUUAUACACAGAGCCCUGGAGUACUUGCAGCAGCCCCAGUAAAAAAACAGGGAUCUGCAGCUUAAAUGUAAAUGAGAAUAUGAGGACUAUUCCGGUGCAGCCCCCUGUAUAUUGCCAUUCUGACUCGGCUGUAACGUCGCCCCAAGAGGAAAAUGCUUCAGGCAUGCCUAUGUUCGCCCAUUUUUUCACAGAUUGCUCCCUUCCACAGUACGACUACAGCAGUGGAUAUAACAGAACCAAUUUUUCUUCACUUUGAAAUAACAUAUUUAUUGCAUCUUGAUGAACUUCCUGCUGUGGAAAUAAAAAAAAUGGAAAACAAAGUGCUGAUUAAUAACAACAAAGCAUCAGUUAAAUUCUGUCAGUGCAUUAGUUUAUAUGCACUUAAGGUCUCAUAUCUUACACUGGCCUGAUCCUUCAUAACAAUUAAAUGUUUGUUAAAUUGACAACCUCUUUCAAUAAUCUACAAAUAACACCUAAUCAUCUCCUUGAGAUUUCAUUGCUUAAAUCUUAGAAAAAUAAGACAUUUUUUCUUACAAGAAAAAUGUGCACAGUCCAGUUUAAGUUUUGCUUCACUAUGCUUGUACAAUACUGUAUUAUGGGCCUAUGAAGACUGAAAGUUGAAGGUUUCAUGUUUUAUGAAAUUUGAUGUGAAUUAUUUAGUAUUGGCAUUUUGAAACAGGAACUUGCUAACAGGUUAUCAGCCAUUUUAUUUUUCCUCAGGGAGUUGCAAUGGUGACCAUAAUUUUGUAAUUUGUUGAUUUUCAUAAUCAUUGUCCCAGAAAUACUGCUAUCUCAUGUAAUUAAUCUAAUUUUUGUUUAAUCCUUGUGCUAUCCUUGUAAUAUAACGGAGUUGAUGCCUUCUAUCAAAUAUUUUCUGCAUCACAGUGCAUCCCACCUAUUAAGAAAGAGCUGCAAUGUUUUUCUUACAUUAGUGUUCUGUUAAAUAUAUUUGCAGAUGUUAUAUAGUAGAGUUUUAAAGUUUUAAUGGCAUCCCAUUAUAGGUUUGAAGGGUUGAUGUCUAAAAUAUUAUCAGAUGAGAUGCACUUGACAUUAUUGCAUAACUUUAUAAAUCAGUAAGGUGGUAAAUUCAACUUACUUUCAAGGAGAAACAUUGAAACUGCUGGCAGUAACAGCAUGAGAGAAAUCUACAAAACAAGAAGUUAAACAGUGGCUAAGAAGUUAACUGUGUUUCAUCCAAAUUUUAUCACUCCAAGCUCCAGUAUCUAGGGCAGAGCAAACAACAGACUGAGCCUUUUUCUACCUGUGUUGCUUUCAUUAGUUAGUUGUCAACAAAUAUGAUUGUCUCCUGAAUGGUAUACAUACAGCAAAACUGUAGGAAGCAGACGUCUUCUGCAGUGCUAAGAGGCAGUUCAUCCAAUGUCCAGAAAUAAAAAAGAUUUUAUUUGCACUGCUGCUCAGAGUAGAUUGUUUUAUAUAUCUAAAAAAAUCCUUAGUAAAAUAAAGCAUCUGACAAAGCAUUUAAUGUUGAUAUGUUGCCCUUAAAUUAUUUAAUAUUGAAACCUACCUUUGAAAAAAGGUGAAAGUAGGAGAAAAAGUAACUCAACACAUACUAUUCGAUGGAGUGAAUUGACUAAGAUAAAAGUCCUUUUUUUAUUUUGUCAUUUUAAUUUGGAAUAUUAGCCCCAUGAGGAAACUGUAAAUAACAGAUGAAUUCAAUUAAAGAUGUCAAUAAUAUGAAGUUUAAGUAUGUGGGAGGCAUAAAGCUGUAUAAACAUAUUCACAACCCAUUAUAUUUAUUUAUUAAAUUCGGGCCCAAAUACAAUUGAAGAAGUAGAAAACAGUUUGUUCUAUUCUAAAUUAGUCUGUUUUAGUUCUUAAGCUGACAAGGAUUGUCGUCACUAUAUUCUUAAUUUGUGAAAGACAAUCUAACUUCUUUUUAAACAUCUCUCUAUUCUCUCUUAACCAUCUCAUAACAUAACUAAUACUUGUUGCUCUGGCAUAUAUAAUUAGCAGAUUUGAUUUGCUAAUGUAUGUGGCUUGCUAUCCUUUUCUCUUAAAAUGUUUUUUUUAAAUAAAAAAGUAUGUUUUGAUCAAGAAAUGGAGGUUAAAUAAAGAAUGACUUAUCCAGCCUCUGAGGAGAGCUACUGACACAAGAUUUUUUGGUACAAGUAAUUAUUCAGCCCGUGUUUUCACUCCGUGUUUCCCCCAAAUAUACACCAUUUCUUUUCUGUAGUAUUUUAACGUAUUUGAACUGAAAUUUCAAAAACAUAAUCACUGAGGUUAUUGCUUGUUAGAGAGUCAUAGAUGAAAGUAGACGAAUGUCUUUUUCUAUUGUAUAAAGAAACAAGGCUUUGAAUGGAGGUUUAGGAUUUUUAAAGUCCUAAUUAAUGCUAUAUUUACCCUUUAUGGCACUGUCUUCCACAUCCCAAGACUGAACAGUAAACGUCCACCUGGAUUUCAGAGAAUACCUUGCAACACUUCAUGAAUGUACACUAACAUAGGCUGAUAUCUCAAUGUGACAUUUAACCUAAUAGUCAGCCUCAUGUUAUUAAUUGACUGGGGAAAGUACAUUAAGAAUACAUUGCGCUUUAUUAACAGAACUAUCUUAAAGCGAGAAAAGUGAAACAAAAAAAUAGAGAAAUACAUGUGAAUAAUGAUUACAAUACAAAAUAAUUUAUCUGAAACCAUUCUCUCUGUAAAAACGGCAUCUUGACUGAUUGAAUGCUUCUUUAUGGUAAUAAAGGAGUGGUAUCUUGAUUUUGCAAAAGUUAUCAGAUUUCUGCAGUUGCUCGUUAUUCUUAAUUUGUAGGUGGAUUUAACUGUUUCGGAACCUGGAAUUACUGGGCAAGAGUGCCAAGAGUGGUUUUGAACAGUAAAAUGUACCUGUUCCGGUUCUGAUGACUGCAAAUUGUAUCGUUGAUUUGAAGACUUACGGUAUCAGUGAAACACAAACAUAUGUGUACUGCUGUAAUCUGAUCAUACCAGAGAACAAAAUAAAGCUGGUCUUUAUUUCCA